UGUGCGAGAGAGAAAUUCUGAGUCCUGGAAGAGAGAGAGAAAAUGGGUUGUGAUCUGAAACGUUACAUUGUUUCAUUGCUUCUGCUGAGAGUCUGUGACUACGCAGCUGCUCAUACUUUCCCUGUUGCACUUCCUAAUUGCAAAGACCAUUGCGGAGAUGUUAGUGUUCCUUACCCUUUUGGGAUAGGCAAAUGGUACGAGAUUGUCUGCAUAAACUCAUCAUACCGCUCUUAUCCUUUCCUGCUUAGCAUCGAAAGGGCAGUUAUAUCCUUCUCCCUUGGAGGCUUUUCAGAUGAUUAUUAUUAUGACGAGAAAAACAGGUUUUACAUUCUGAGUCCAUUGAAACACUCAGGUUGCUCCAGUACAGUAGUAGGUGAUUCGCCGUCUUUUAAUCUAACUGGCAGUCCAUUCUUCAUAUCAGACAAGAACAAGUUCACAGCUGUAGGAUGCAACAACAAGGCGUUGAUGAAAGGCACAGGGUUGCAAAUCGUGGGAUGUGAGGCGACAUGUAGAAACGAGACACAGUCUUAUCAAGAUGAUUACGGAGGUUGUCUGGGUUAUAAAUGCUGCCAGACCUCAAUCCCACCUAAUCUUCAACUAUUUAAUGCAACUCUGGAGAAACUGGAACCUAGUAAAGACGGGUGUCAAGUUGCAUACUUGUCACAAUUCAACUUACAAGGGUACAUGUUCACGGCUCCUCAACUACCAGAGUACGGUGCUUACAUGAGGAUGGAGCUCGAAUGGCGUUCUGAUCUUCUCUCGUCUUCUUCAGGUGCUUCAUGCUGGCUGAGUGAAAGUAUAAAUGUAGCUCUACGCGGAGAUCAUUAUAUGUAUCUCUGCUCCUGCGAUAGUGGCUAUGAAGGAAAUCCCUAUAUACCUGGAGGAUGUCAAGAUAUUGAUGAAUGCAGAGGUUCAAAGAAAAAUAUAUGUGGAAAGAACAAGUGUGUCAACGUUCCUGGAUCAUUCAGAUGUAGGAAAACUUGGCCAACCAUAUUAAGUGGACCUCUCAGCUCUGGAUUGCUGCUUUUGGUCAUCGGAAUGUGGUUGCUAUGCAAGGCUAAUAAAAAACGGAGAGUAGCCAAGCAGAAGAGUAAGUUCUUCAAACGAAAUGGAGGUUUGUUGUUACAGCAACAAACUUCUCUCCUUCAAGGGAGUGUCAAUAGAACCAAACUGUUCAGCUCUCGUGACCUGGAGAAGGCAACUGACAAAUUCAACCCUAACAGAAUACUAGGACAAGGAGGCCAAGGUACAGUUUAUAAGGGAAUGUUGGAAGAUGGGAUGAUCGUAGCUGUCAAGAAGUCCAAAGCAUUGGAAGAAGAGAACCUUGAGGAAUUCAUCAAUGAGAUAAUCCUUCUGCAACAGAUUAACCAUCGAAAUGUGGUCAGGAUCUUGGGGUGUUGUCUUGAGACAGAGGUACCUAUUUUAGUGUAUGAGUUCAUUCCCAACAGAAGCCUUUUCGAUCAUCUUCAAAACCCAUCAGAUGAUUUCCCAAUGACAUGGGAAGUCCGUCUCUACAUCGCCUGUGAAGUUGCAGAUGCUCUCUCCUACCUGCAUUCAGCCGCGUCUAUCCCAAUUUAUCACAGAGAUGUCAAGUCAACAAAUAUCUUGUUGGAUGAAAAGCACCGUGCAAAAGUAUCAGAUUUUGGGAUUUCGAGAUCCGUUCCUAUAGAUGAUACUCACUUGACGACGAUGGUGCAAGGAACAGUUGGAUAUGUAGACCCAGAGUACCUCCAGUCAAGCCACUUCACAGGAAAGAGUGAUGUCUAUAGCUUUGGGGUGGUGCUCAUUGAGCUCUUAACAGGAGACAAACCUGUCUCCCUUCUGAGGCCACAAGAAGUCAGGAUGUUGGGUGCGUACUUCCUCGAAGCCAUGAGAAAUGACAGACUUCAUGAGGUUCUCGAUGCUCGCAUCAAGGAGGAAUGUGAUCAAGAGGAGGUCCUUGCAGUAGCCAAACUUGCAAGAAGGUGUUUGAGCUUGAACUCAGAACAUCGCCCUACCAUGAGAAACGUCUUUAUUGAACUGGAUAGGAUGCAAUCCAAGAAAAAAGGCACUCAAAGCCAAGCACAGAAGGGUGAAGAGCGUGCACAGAUACAGAUCGCAAUACCAGAGUCUAUGUCACUCAGUUACUCUUCUCCGGGCAUAGUCAUUGAAAACAGAUCAUUCUCACUGGACUCAAAGCCACUCAUGACUUACUAGACAGAGCGACUGGUAAAAGCAAUACUCUUCACUUUCCAAGACAUAAAAGUUCAAUAAGGAAUGAUACGCAAUCAACCUUCAAGGUCUUAGCACUUGUGUGAAUGUACCCCAUAACGUAUACAAUAGCUAUCAUCUGUAAAAUCAGUUGAAAAUAAGCGAGACUGCACCCAAA